AUGACCAUCACCAAGGACCCUGCUGCCCCUCUUGUCGCCGUUGUCGGCGCUACUGGGACCCAAGGCGGCAGCGUCGUCCUCGCCCUCACUGAAUCCGAGCGACCAUAUCGAAUCCGCGCAUUCACCCGCAAUGUCUCGAAACCCGCAGCGAAAGCAUUGGCGGAGAAGGGCCUCGAGGUGGUCGCGGUGACGUUGUCGGUGGAGAAUAGAGGAGCCGUAUUCAAGGCGUUUGAAGGGGCGGACUAUGCUUUCCUUGUCACCAACUGGGCGGAACACGGAGACCCACCACGAGAAACCGUCGAAGGCAAGCUCAUGAUCGACGCUGCAAAAGCCGCCGGUGUCAAGGGCAUCGUCUGGUCCGGGCUGCCCAGCAUCGACGCUCUGUCUGGCAGCAAAUACAAGAACGUGGGCCACUUCGAAAGCAAAGCACGCGUCUCCGACUACGGCCGCGCUUCUGGGGUCCCUUUUGUCGACAUCCAGGCGGGCGGUCAAAGUCUCCGAGGACACUUGGGCCGUCAACGUUUCAACCUUCCCCUGCCCCCGACGACGCGGAUGCCCAUUAUUGACGCUGAGCAAGACUACGGCUUGUUUGUCCGCAAGGCCCUGGAGCUACCCGUCUUUCCCGACAAGCAGACGUGGGCGACGUUUGGCGAGCUUAUUGGCUUUGCAGACCAGACAAAGCAGCUUUCAGAGGUAACUGGCAAGAACGUCGUCUUCAACCAGAUACCAUCUGCAGUCUUUGGCGAAGGAGUCAAGAGUGCUGGUACUCCGCCACAUAUUGCGCUGGCAAUCGAAGAGGUCUUCACAUCCGUCGGGGAGUUCGGAUACUUCUCGGAAGGCACUGUGGUCUCGCAGGAGGGGCUCGCUCGCCAACCGCAGACGUGGAAGCAGUACGUGGAGGCUCAAGAUUGGAGCGAUGUGCUCGUUUGA